AUGACAUUGCCGCCCGAGGUCUGUAGUCUUAGCCGUGCUUCAUUGUGGUUUGCCGUGGUUUUCGGGAUGGAGGGCGCUGCAACAGGACCCGGCGCGGGAGCUCUGCCUUCUCUUGCAGCCUUAGCCUCCUCCGCCUUACGGCGACGCUCUUCCUUAUCCGCCUCAAUUUUGGCCUUGAUGCGGCGUUUUGCCUCCAUGUCGUCGAGUUUCUCUUGGCGUUUCUUCGCAGCCUCCUUGAUCUGCUCCUUGCGUUGCAACUCUUCUUUCAUCUCCUGGCUUUCUUUGGUAGCUUUCAUGCGGAUCUGCUCGUUGCGCUUCGCGUCCUCUUUGUCCUGA